AUGGCCUUUUUGGCGCUGCGCCGCGACGAUGUGGACGUGGAGCGCUUGGUGCGCCGCACCGCCACCACCUCUCUGCCGGAGCGGCGGCGGCAGCGCAGCCCUCGGCGACGGCCGACGUGGGAGCAGGAAAGUGUGCAACGCGGUAAGGGCCUGGGAAAGGUCACCAGACAACAAGUCACAGCUGAACUGAGACAUCUCCUGUCUGAACUGCGUGGAGAACCCAUCUUUUUGGGGGGUUAUGAGCAAGAACGACGGCUGUUGGACUUGACACUGGGAUUUUUGAAAACUUCUUCCUCCAGACGCUCAGCUUGCGAAAAUGGUUUGCUGAGUAUCCUGGAAACACAAGCAGGUGGUGGCAGCAGCAUCUACCAUGCACUGAUUCCUCGCUUACUGUUGACCUUCGCACCUGAUGGCCUGGAAAUUCAUAAAGAAAUAGCACUGCAUCACAGUUUUCUCCCAGCAGGUUUGACCCACGCCCUACCCCGGGCUGUGGCGGAUCUAGAACGCCUGCUGCGACGGGGCAAUGGAAGCAAUGGCGAUAGCAACCGGCCACCAGAGGGAUCAAGUGACAGCGAUGAAGAAACUGGACAUCAUCCCAGAGGCUCCACCUUUCAGUUGGAUUUGAUGCGAGUGGCUUUGGAUGGUGCCUUUUCCUGGGUGCAAUUGAUGUUGAUGUUGACCUACCAUGAUGAGUUGGUGGAAGCAUUGGCCAUGAAAAUCUUGCGGGAACGCAACAGCGAGCUGAUGAAUCAGUCAGAUUCCAAUCUGGAUCCAUUGGAUCCGUCGGGUCGGUUGGAUCAGUUGGAUCAGUUGGAUCAGGAUCCACCAUCCGAUUCCCUGGGUCCGGAGUUCUACGCCAGUCCCCGCGCAGCUUCGGAGGCGUCAGCUGCCUCAGUGUCUGACCAAGAGCCAGGCGGUGGCUCUGAGUCGGGGGAAAGUGAUGGAAGUGGUGGAAGUGGUGGAAAGAGAGGGACAGAAACAGCCGAAUCUCCACCGGUCAAGGAGGACAGAGCGGAUGGCUCUCAAACAUCGUUUUUCAGUGCCACCAGCCGCGAUCGCGGGCCUGAUGUGGCACACCCAUUUGGAGUCGAGGAAGAGGACGAAGCGGCCGAGGCGGAUCAAAGUCCCAGCAAGGCGUCCAGUCGGAAGCAUCUCCAAGUGGUGAAGGUGGAUUUCUUUGGAGGUCUUCUGGAUCUCUCAGAGUUUUCCCAACGUCUUCCAAGUUUGACAUCAUCUCGGCAGUCGGCCUUUUGCUGGCAGGUGGUUGCCCGUUUGGUACACCAACCUGUGCUUGCUGCUGAAUUCUGCGUCGAGGCCGCAAACUUUCGACACCUGGAACUGGCGUUGGACUCUGCGGAUGCCAAUGGUGGCUUGAAACGGGCCAAACGAAGUCCAUCCCUGGAGACAAGGCUCCACGCCUUGGAUGUGAUGACCCAACUGGUGACCAGUGGUCAACUCAUCAAAACGCUGGCGCGCUCCUGUCGUGGUGCAGAGGUGGACGCGGUGGGUAUGGCGGCGGCUGGCGCCGUGUGUGCUGUGCAUUCGGCGCUUCUGGACUUCGCACAUGAGUCUUUCCACUGGCAGGACUAUCCCAGUUGCGAUGCCUCCGGUGGCAACUCUGCGAAGUCGGGCUAUGCACGACAAGCUCGUCAUGCUCAGUGCAGCGCUUUGUUGCAAGCAUGGCUUGCCUUGCUGAGUGAAGCCAAAGGCGAUGGCUCCGUCCAGUCCCAACGAUCUGCUGCAGGUUUGGGCCUCCUCCAAGGGCUGCUGAAGAGUCGCCUCCGCGCCGAACGGCUUGGCGGCAGCAGCUUGCGGCUGCUGGCCACGGUGCUGAACCGCCAGGAGAUCUGCGGCUUGCUAUGCUUGGCCAUCCGGGCAACGGGUGAAGCGUUGCAGUUGGCACCCAAAGAACCGGUGAUCAAAGAGGUUGAUUUGAUGGUCUCCAAGCUGAUGGCCUUUUGGCCGCUCCUGGAGCUGCAGCCCCAUCUGUUGAGUUUGAUGGAAGCCGCUCCACUGGAAACGGUGGCGGAACAGGUGCUACCGCUGCUGAUGAAGGAGGUGAUCGGCCUGAAAGAUUGGUCCGACUGGGGUGAGCGUUGCUUGCGUUGCUGCGGCCGCGCCUUGAGACACCACCGGCCCAACUUCCGGUUCAACACGGUGCUGGUGCAGCUGGCCAUGCGAUUGGCCAAGCUGCUGACGACUUUCGUGAGGACGGAGACAGAGGGCCAAGCGGAGGCGCAGCUGUUGGCUCAGCUGCGACAGCAGCUGGCAUUGACCAGUGCUUUCUAUGCUUUUGUGGCCAGCCUUCUGGCCCAGAAAGGAGCCAACGGAGCCAACGGAGCUCAGGUGGACGUGAUCUCAUUGAAAUCCUCUGCCCAGAGCGAGUCGGACGGUGGAGGCGCUGGCGCGGUGGAAGGACAAGCUACGGCUGCACCUGCCUGGGAAAACAUCCUCAGUGUUUUGUGCAACGGAUUUGAGCUGAUAGCAAGGAGUUUGAUCGUUGUCUCGGUUGAAGACACCUUGGCCAAAAUCAGCGACCUGGCUGACGCGGCCGAGCCAGUUGCGUACCCGGAGGAGUUCAACAUUGACACGGACGAGAGCUCGUCGGAGGAAGUCGAAACGGUUGAGACCUUGGCAUCUGCAGAUGGGACCGGCGAUGGCGAUGCUGGAGAUGCUGGAGAUGAUGAUCCUGCAGAUCCAGAGACCGAGGUUAAGGUGCGGCUGCGAUUGAGAGCCUUGCUGCUGGAUGCUAAAGUCUCCCGCGAUGCCUGGUCCUUGCUGGCCAGCAUGGCCACAUCCUUGUUGCAGCUGGGCUCGGCGCCGGCGGUCUUUUCUCCAACGAUCCACCAGGAGCCUGGUGUCGCCCCUACCCUUCUGGCUGGAAAUUUUCAGCUUCGCUUUACCGAAGGCUUUCUGAUGACUUUAGCCAAAGCUCUUCUGCAGAGUGUUGGAAGAGGUUGGAAGAUUGCGGAGCCGUUGUUGACAGUACUGGUGCGGCUGCUGGUUGGGGCUGAGAUGAGCCUACCCAGUUAUGGAGUUUUGGUGCAAGCUCUUCUCCUUCAGCUGGAACCUCCCAACCUUCAACGCCUGGGCGGUUUGGAGAAAUGGUGGCUAUGGUGUGGCAGAGAUCCCAAACCGUGGACGCCCAAAUCUCCUGCCCGGGUGCAAACCCAGGAAAGCGACAGGAGCCAACACAGUCCCAAAGUGCAGGACUCAACAUCCAAAGAUGAGACAGAUUCGGAAGCGGAUUCCAACAGAUCGGAAGACAACAAGGUGUCUACCUUUCACAUGCUUCAGAGUAGCGAGGCUGAGGUGAGCGGAAUGUACACCAGUUUCUUCACCGACAGCGAACUAAGUUUGGAUGGACAGGCAGCGGCUGAAAGAAUACCUUCCAGCCGAUCUUUGCCAUCACGGUCGCACAGCAGCCGUGGAAGUCCUUUGGGUGGUGUGGAGGAGUCAGAAGAAUCCCACAGUGUGUCGCCAGAGAUCAAUGGACAGCCAGUGGGCAAGAUCCCAUCAUCAGGACACCAACGUGACCAAAAAUGGCUGGAAGAGCAGCUCCAAAAACAGCACUGGCAGGCCUUGUCCCUACUGGUGAGGAGCGCUGCAGAUGCCCCGGUGGCUGCGUUGUUGGGGAGUUCCAAUCGCUUCAUGGAACGCAUCUGUGCCUUCACUUGCUUCGCACUGUCGCCCUUGAUGGUGGAGAACCUUCCCCGUUUCGCCGAAAGUCAUCCACGUGGUAAGUUGAUCUCUACUUUGAGGCCUGGGCGAUUUCUGGAUCUUCCCAUGUCUUUCGAUCCCUUGGUGCAGCUGCACCAGCAGUUGAUGGAGACCGUUCAUCGCCCUGCGAUCGACCCCUACAGUUUGGUGCCCCCAGCACUUCAACAGCAGCUCUGUUGCAGCUUCCUACGCUUUUGGCACUCAGCAGAUCUCAUGGAGCAGGCCCCUAACUCGGUGAAUCUUCCCAUGGUGGAGCGCUUCCUCCAGCUGUUGCUGAGUUGGUGCAAGGACUCCAGCAUGCGGAGGUGCUUGGUCCGUGGCCGCAGUUGCGCUGCCUUGCGCUCGGUGCUGGCCUUCGUGGCGAAUGGCUCUCAGGAGCAGCGCUUGGAAAGUGCGGAGCAUGAGGAAAUUGCGAAGAAGUCAAUGGAGAAGAUGUUUGAUUUGACCAACUUUCUGGCCAUGGCUCAGCCGGAUCCCACAGAGGUGGAUGUGUCUUUCACCAUGCUCUGGCGCUUCAUGCUGCAGCCAUCCCUGGCCUUAGCGGAGUCACAGCGUGUCACCGUGAUCUCCUGGUGCCAAGAAGCGACGCUGCUGCGCAUCCUGCGGCAGGAUAUGCAGCUGCUGAAGCUGUUGAUUUCAUGGUACGAGCCGGAAGGUGAUUCUCAAGGAUCUGCCCACAGUUCCAUGCUGAAAAGUUUCAUGGAGAAACAUCCGCUGCUUCCGCAUCCGGUGAAGCUCUUGAUGCCCAAGGCCGAAGACGAAGUGCACGGCUUGUUCCCCUUGGAGACUCGCGCAGUGGCGCGAGAUCGCUCCCGGCUCCGCGGAGAUCUGGCUGACCUGGACUGUGAGGUGCCAGCCUGGACGCUGAUGCUGCGAGCUGAGAAGAUCAACGACCUCUUGCAGCGAAGCUGUCCCACAUGCCACGCUGUCCACGGGCGUCAAGAUGAAGGCACUGGAUCUCACAAUCUGGCAGAGAAGGAGGUCUUCUGGCGGCUGAAAUAUGAACGACGUGAAGAGGUCUUACGACCAACUGACCUUGACAGACGUGCCGACUCCUCAGAGCGUUCUAGGGCGAGCGAGAUGCUUUCAAAGUUUCCCAAACGGCUGGCGCAGUUGGCGGGCCGUGCUCGAGUGGCAGGUCCAACAUGCAGGAUCCGACCACAACUCUUCCAGGCUGCGGUGAAAGUGAGCUGCUUGUCCUUCAAACCAGCAUCUCCAGCCAUGCUUCCAUCGAUCUUGUGGCUGCUUCCCACUCUGGCUGCAGCCACUGGAGCCACUUGCGAAGCUGCCGACAGCUCCCUGUUCCAAGCAGCUCAUCCCUCAGUGCCCAAGUCCGUGAAGGCGGCGGCUGACGCCUCCAACAAGGUGAAUUUCUGCCUCGGAAACACCGGGCGUUGCUUCGAUUUCCCGGCCCUGCAUGGCAUCACCCGUGCGGGGCGCACGGUGUUUCACCGAUGUUCUGAGGUGGUCCGGACUUUUGAAAGCAUUCUGGGCAUCAUCUGCGACUAUUCCUCCCAGACACGGACCUUGCCCUUGCAGCUGGUGACGCUGAACAACUUCACCAAAACAGCUAUUCAAAAGGCCUUGAUUUUGGGUGGAGCAAUUGGAAGUGGAGAGGUGUACACCAGCUACAUGCCGAUCCUGAGCCCGGAUUUCUUCAAUGCCACCACCUUCAUUCCCUAUGCCAUUCAGGAGUACUCUUUCCUUAUCAACUUCCAGGCGGAUUUGGACCUGCGCCUGGGUCUCUUUGCCUUCGCCGUCCACGUGGGUGGCUACGUGGUCCCCACCGGGGUGGCACAUCGCGCCUACACGGCGGUGGCGGAAAUCAUUAACGAUGAUGAUGAUGGGAUGGAAUUUGCACAAGGUUCUGGAGACAAUUGGAAGAGCGAUACCUUUGCUGCACAGCUCAUUGGGCAUACCUUCAUUGCUGGGAUGUUGGAGCCAACCUAUGGAAACCACUUGAUCUUGGACUUGAGUGGUGAAGGCUUCUCCACGGGUCGUAUGCAAGUCUUGAAACGUGCAGCCUUGGCCAUUGCUCCCAAGAGCUUGCUGAGAGCGCGUGGCUUUCUGGAGACUGGAGUGAAUGGACCCAAGUUGACGGGAGUUGAAGUUCAAGUUGAGCCCCAGAAGUGGCUGAAGUUCGAACCAAAGGAUGGCACCAGAUGGAUCAUGGCCAAAGUGACUUUGUUUGCCUUGGCCAACUUCCUGCUACAAUGCUUCCACACUGGCAUUCAUUUGUACACUGGGGCAGUGACAUCUGCCAUCAAAAGGUCAAUACCAGUGGGUACCAACUUUGGCAAAGCCAUUCAGCCCAACACCUUGCAGACCAUCUUCGCUCUCUUCGAACAAGCGGCGGCUCUACACGCCUCGCAUGUUUGGAAUUGCAACAUCACGGCGAUUUGGACUCUCACUGUGGACAUUGCUCAGUUCUAUUUCAGCAGCCCGGAUCCACCCAAAGACAUCUUAGGGAUCACUGACUCAAGUCCUGAUUGGUGGGCUGGAAGUUCUCAAAGCUUCUAUGCUCCAAUCUCCGAUUUCGCAGAUGUAGUAGCUGCCGAAUCUACUUCAGAUCCCAUUAAUGCUCUUGCUUUGGCAAACUUGCAGACAGAGCUGCAGCAUGUGGGGAUUGCGACCGGUCAGAGUUCAGUGGAUGUGACAACUUCUGAAGGAUUGGCCAAACUCACCAAGAAUCUGCUUUUUGUGGCGGGAAUUUGUCAUUCUCACAUGUACUUGGGGCGUGAAUUCUUCACGCCUCUGAUGGGUUUCGUUGAAACGGCACCUUUCGGCCACUACCUGCAGCCUGGUUGGUCCAUCUGGGAUUCUUUAGGCUUUGAAGCCGUGGUCACAAAGAUUUGGUUCACCGUCCCCAGCACCAUCAGUCAGCAGAUGAUCUUGGCCUAUGGCACCACCUCAGGAUUCAGCAGUGGUGUUCCGGAGCUGGGAGAUGGACCAUACAUGGUUGCUUCCAACAGUAAUCUCAACUCGGCUGUGACCACUUUCAGGGCGGCCCAGCAGCGCAGCAAGACCGGAAGCAUUUCGGCGCCAUUGGCUCCUGAACCACCCUUCCCUACGGUGGUGGUGUACAACCAGUCCAAGCAUGCCACCAACUCGGUGCUGGCCGACAUCCGCGCCGUUUGGGGCAGCCGAGUUCGGGUGAUCCAAACCUUGGAGGAAGGCAACCAGCGGCUACCAGGGAUGGAUGCAGCGCUCUACGUGCGGCCCAAGUCUUGGGGCGAUUUGGAUCAUUUCAAAGAGCGAUUGGAUUUCAUGUGCACCCAGGACCAUGAACUUGCCCGUCAUCGAUCUUCCAGACAGGUGGUCUUCAUGCCCGGUUGGUCCGCCUUUGCCGAGUCCGCCGAAGCCGCCGUGGGGGUCGAGGCGCUGAAUUUGGUGUGGCCUGGGACGGAGCCCAAGGCAUCGCAGGGACUGGAGAAGAUUGGCUUCAAACGUAUCUGCGAAGCCGUUGGUGCGCCCACGCCGCCCUUCACCGUGCUGUCGGAGGAGGAUGCGCCCAAGGUGGACCUCACGGACCCCGAUGCCAAGGAGGCUUGUGUCAAGGAGUUUAUCGACAAGGUCCUGAAAAUGAAUUUCCACGAGAAGGGCUUGAUCAAGUCCAUCCACGGUGGUGGUGGCAAGGGCACAGCCCACUUGACCCACCCAGACAAGGAGCCAGAGGUGCGCCGCGCAGUGGAGAAGGUGGUCACCGAGAUGAAUCGGACGGAUGGCAUCUACUUCGAGCAGCGGGUAAACACAAAAGGUGAUGGACGCUUCUACCAGAUUGAGCUGGAGGCGGGUAUGCUGGUCACCUCCAGGGUGGAUGGUGAAACUGUUGCAGAAGGUGGUCGUUUCGUGUGGUUCAACUCGGCCUUGCAGAAGGUUGUGGAGAUUGGCCUCAACGACGAUAAGAUCACCAUGUUCAUGCCAGCAGAUCUCUAUCAGAAGUCUCGAAAGUGGGCUGGGGACAUUGCCAAAAUGGGCAAGAACAACACAAGGGCUACGAUGGAGGCCUUGGUCUUCCAGAAUGAGACGGGAGAGUUUGAGUGCACUUUCAUCGAGUGCAACCGACGUCCACAGGUGGAGAACGAAGCCCUUGCCUUGUUGCAGCGCGACGACAAGGGACAUCGUCGCUACACCUUUGCUGAGCUCAUGAUGCGUGCCAAGGGAUAUCCUGCCCCCCAGUUCGAGCCAGCCACAGACGCCAAUGUGGUGUUGCAUGCGCGCUGGUUGCAUGGCAACCCUGACAGCCAUGGAAAGAUCACAUACCAGGCUGGCAACAUCCUGGGAAUGAACGGACCCAGGCUGGACUACAUCAAGUCCGAGUUGAUGGCUCCGGGUGAGAUCUCCUUCACCUCCGAUCCACAGCUCGGCAAGGCAGUGAUCACAGCAGAUUCCUGGGAAGAGAUGUGCGACAACGCUGCGGAGUACUUCAGGCUGCGCACACCUGCUGUGAUGGGAGCUGCAUCCACCUAUGCCCAGACCAUGUACAACCUCUUCACCAGCCCAAAGUUCCGUGCAGGGAAAACCGCCUCCAAUGAGACCUUCGCUCACAUCGAUAUCCCGGAUCAUCCGGCACGAAGCGUGCUGACGGUCUUGAAAGAACAAGUGUCUCCGGUGAUCGUGAACGGAUACCGCAAGGGUGAGGGCAUCGACCCUGAUCGCUACCCAACCAAGAGUGUUUGUGCCGGGCUGGAGGAGCUAACUGACAAGCUGGCAACGUCUGCGCCUGAAAUCACCGCGUUCACUUGCUUCGCACGCGGAGAGGCGACCUAUGAGCAGUACGUGGGAGAUUUGAAACUUAAGUUGGAAAAGCAGGGCGGAGGCUGGGUCACGGUGGCACCACGUGACACCUGCCAGCAGGGCAAUGACUCAGAGAGUGCGGCUAUUUCGAACAUCUCCCGCAUCAACGCAGAAGUUUGGGCGCAGAAAGCUGGUUGCGUGGGUUACGAGACGGGCGGAGCCCAGUACCAAGCAGGACUCAUCCGCGGCUUCGAUCCUGCCACCAUCUUGCGCUUGGGUCUGCCAUAUAACAUGCCGGCCCAUUCCCUGCAACGUUCGCAGUACGUGAAUGGCUUGGCCGAAUUGACUCCAGAGAUCCGCCGCCCACUCUUCGAGUCCACUGCGGAGAUUGUGGCGCAACACUACCGCGGUGCAGGUGGCACCGACAGCUGGGUCCCUUGGCAGCCCUACAACUUCCAUGCCGGCAAUUUCUAUUGCGAGAAGACCGGCUAUUCUCCACAGGACGACACCACCUUGGAGUUGUUGGAUGCCAAGUGCUUGCCAAUGCCCAACUGGGUUUUCUCUCCGAAGUUUCCUUUGGAGGCGUUGAAGAAAUGGACCGAGCGCCAAAUCGACAUCUUUGAAAAGAAGGGCCUCGCUUUGCAGCAGCUUCGUAUCAAGAACCCGGGCCAGGGAGUGGAUUGGACCGCAGACACCUUGUGGGCUCACGUGGACACCAUCAUCCAGUGCUUCAGAGCCAGAGGCCUUCCUCCUCCAAUUGUCUACAUCCACAACCAUGACUUCAACGGCAUGGCACCACAUACCGGUGCUGAGUUGUUCCGCAAGGCUCACCAGGCCAACUUCCACACCCUGGUCAUUGAUGCUGCUCCUCGCAAGAAUGGCACGCACAAUGACAACACGGUGCUGCUGUCGGCCUUGAAUUUGGACGCAUCUCAGAAGGAGGCCCUGGCGGAGUACAACCACAACCAGCAGAUGAUCGAGAAUUUGAUUUGCCGCUUCGACAGCCGCACUUCGCAGAUGACACCCUGGGACUCUGAUUGGGCUGGUGGCACUGAAGGCUCUGAUAUCCGCAUUGCCAAAGAGUACUCCUUGGAUGUGCGCAAGAUCAACGACGCCAAGGAGAUCGCCAAUGAAGUCUUCCCCCUGGAGCGUGCGGUCACGCCGUUCUCGGAGUACAAGCUGCGUUUGGGCAUUGCCAUCAUGAUCGAGCCCGGAAUUGAGCCCAAGUCUGCUGACUCGGUGCGCAAGUGGGUGAACGGUGGCGGCAAGCUGAAGGUGGGCGGCGACGUCUUGGUCGGGCUCAGCCGAUGGGAGACCUUGGUACCCAAGACGAAGGAGGUGGAUCAACUGCUGAAGAACAUGCCGGAGGAGCUGGAAGCCGCCCUGGCGCAGAAGGCCAAACUCAUCGGCCCCGGCGACCUCCCGGCCACGCUGUCGCCGGCGCAGCGACAUACGGCGCUGGGCUUCCAGGCCAAGGGCCUGGAGUUCACCAAGGCGCAGGCCAAGGGUACGGAUCUGUCGCCUCUGCUCAUUGCACCUGAAGUGCUGCACAGCAGACCAAAGUCCCUGCGGGCGGGAACCAAGUUCCAAAUCCUCAUGGACAAGUUGGAUGGCUCUUUGCCCAAGAAGGAAGAGAUCAAGUUCCUGGGCUUCGGCUUGGCACCUGGAGCUGCCAGUGGGCCUGACAGCCUCGGACGGGAGUUGGUGCUCAGUUUCCUGCAUGAAGGACAGAAGGUUGAGGUGCAACUGCCAGACCCAGAUGCGGCUGCCAGCGCGGCAGCCGGGGCAAAGGGCCUUCGAAAAGCAACACCUGGCAACAAGAUGGAAGUUCCCACCGUUGUUCCCGGAGAAAUGCUCUCCUAUGCUGUGAAGGUGGGCGACAAAUUGACCAAGGGCCAGAUUUUGUGCGUGUUGGAGUCAAUGAAGAUGGAGAUGAAGAUCCCGGUGCCGGAUGAGUUGGACGGCUUGGUGGUCAAGGCGCUUCCUUGCCAGGGACGAACCAAGGAGGCGCAGGGCGACAUCUUGGCACCCGGAGAUCUCAUGGUGGAGCUCCAGGUGGGGACGAUGCGGUGA